UAUCCAGUUCUUAUUAUACAUCCAAGACUCGAGCUGGUUUCUCCAAAAUUACCUACCCCACCUUUAAUUACAGGACGCGAUCAACAAGUGGCAUAUGCAAUGUAUUUCCCCCUGUUGUCUGAUUAUAUUGACAUGGUUUUUGAAACGAAACAUAUUUUAAUUUGAAAAUUCCUUACCGGAAGUCAUGGUUUUCUCUUGACCACCAUGCCACCUGUGAUGUGAGCAGGAAUACAUCCUCCACGCCGAGUGACAGCAGGAUGGAGGUUUCCAGGAGAAGAAUCCUCCAGAAGCAUCUGGAGCCAGCCAGACCACUGCGCCGCUGCCUCCCUGCUGACACCGAGUCCAACAUAAAUGCUGCUACGUGUGCACAGGCACUGAGGGAUGAGGAGGAGCAUGAGACUCCUAUUGGAAUUGAGCAGUUCUGCAAGAUUGUUAACCUCCACAAAAGAAAGAAGGUAAGGAACACCAUGGUCUUGAUAGCUAGAAUAUCUUACAGCAGAGAUGUUCUACUUGGUCUUUCAAGUUGUCCUGAAGCCAAGAAGAAGCCACCAUUCUUGCCAGAGCACCCCAUAGUCCUAAUGGAAGCCAGACAUUUUGGGCCCUUCACGCCUCAUGAAAUGAGGUGUAAUGGAGGAAAUUAAGACAUGGUGGCAGAAAGGCUCCACUCACCUUAA